CGGGGUGCUGACUACAGGUGUCCCACGUGGCGCCUCCUGCGGGCCUGCAGCGCCCCCUGGCCCGCGGAACGGCCUCCCUCGCCGGCGUCCGGGUCCCGCCCCGCCCGUGCUGCCCGGGAGUCGGCUCUGGGCGAGCUGCGCGCGGCCCCCUCGCGGCCCAGGAAAGGGUUCGAGCCGCUCCCUCCGGCGCUCCCAGCCCAGCCCGCAGGGCCCCCGCCACUCCGACCGGGCGCGGGCAGCCUGCGGGCCCCGGGGACGCGCGAGACGCCGGCUUUGUUCCGCAUUGUCUGCGCCCCACCUGAGCGCGGCCCGCGGGAGGCAGCGGCCCGGGGGGAGCGCACCUGGCGCGGGCUUGGUGCAGGAGGACGCGCGGGACCCCGGCGCCCGAUUACCCAGCCCAGGGGCGCCGGCCCCAGGAGUUGGAUCUCAACCCCAAGGACUAAAGAUUGGCCCUGAAAUCAUAAAGUCCUAUUUCCUGUCAGCCUCAGUAAGAGUCAUACCAACAUGCAUACUUUCCUGAUGCUGGAAGUCACCUGCAUUUUCCUGUUUUAUGGAGUGUCCCCAUCUCUCCCACUUCAGGAAGUUCAAGUCAGCAGAGAGACCAUCGGGAAGAUCUCAGCUGCCAGCAAAAUGAUGUGGUGCUCAGCAGCGGUGGACAUCCUGUUCUUGUUUGAUGGUUCUGACAGCAUUGGGAAAGGGAGCUUUGAAAGGUCCAAGCACUUCGCCAUCACUGUCUGCGAUGCUCUGGACAUCCGUCUCCACAGGGUCAGAGUGGGAGCACUCCAAUUCAGUUCCACUCCUCGCCUGGAGUUCUCCUUGGAUUCAUUUUCAACCCAACAGGAAGUGAAGGCGAGACUUAAGAAGAUGGUCUUCAAAGGAGGACAGACAGAGACUGGCCUGGCCCUGAAAUAUCUCCUGCAGACGGGGUUCCCUGGGGGCAGGAAUGCCUCUGUACCCCAGAUCCUCCUCAUCAUCACUGACGGCCGGUCCCAAGGGCAAGUGUUGCUGCCAGCCAGGCAGCUGAAGGAGAGGGGUGUCACCGUGUUUGCUGUGGGGGUCCGCUUCCCCAGGUGGGAGGAGCUGCACACACUGGCCAGUGAACCCCUGGAGCAGCACGUACUGUUGGCUGAGCAAGCUGAGGACGCUGCCAAUGGCUUCUUUAGCACCCUCAGGGGCUCCAGCCUUUGCACCCCUGCCAGCUCAGACUGCAAGGUCUGGGCUUACCCCUGUGAACGCAAGGAGCUGGAGACGGUCCGGGAGCCUGCAGGCCAGGCACUGUGCUGGAGAGGAUCUCGGGGGACCCCCGCCCUGCUGGCCGCACCCUGCCGCUUCUCCAGCUGGAAGAAAGUGUUCAUAUCCUACCCAUCCACCUGCUACAGGACCACCUGCCCAGGCCCUUGUGACUCUCAGCCCUGCCAGAAUGGAGGCACAUGUGUUCCAGAAGGACGGGACAAGUACCACUGCCUCUGCCUGCCUGCCUUCAGAGGAGAGGCCAAUUGUGCCCCGAAGCUGAGCCUGGAGUGCAGGGUGGACAUCCUCUUCCUGCUGGCUGGUGCCACCCCUGAGGGCUUCCUGCGGGCUAAGACCUUCAUCAAGCGGUUUGCAGAGGCCACCCUGAGUGAGGACGCACCAGCCCGCGUUGGCAUAGCCUGGUACAGCAGAGAGCUGGUGGUGGCCGUGCCCGUGGGCGAGUACCGGGACAUUCCAGACCUGAUCAGUGGCCUGGACAGUCUGACCUUCCUGGGCAGUGGCAGUGGUGGCCCUCUGACCGGCCGUGCCCUGCACCAGGCGGCCGAGCGUGGCUUCGGCAGCGCCAGCAGAGCGGGCCAGGACCGGCCACGCCGCGUGGUGGUCCUGCUCACCGAGGCCCGCUCCCAGGACGAGGUCGCCGGCCCGGCGCGGGAUGCCAGGGCCCGGGAGCUACUCCUGCUGGGCGUGGGCAGCAAGGCCAUGCAGGCGGAGCUGGAGGAGAUCACAGGCAGCCCCCAAAACGUGCUGGUCUACACCAGCCCCCAGGACCUGCUCAGCAAAAUCCCCGAGCUGCAGGCCAAGCUGUGCAACCGCCUGCGGCCAGGCUGCCGGACACAGUCAAUGGAUCUGGUCUUCCUGCUAGAUGCCUCGGCCUCCGUGGGGCCGGAGAACUUCGCCCAGAUGCAGAGCUUUGUGCAGAGCUGCGUGCUGCACCUGGAUGUGAAUGCGGACGUGACGCAGGUGGGCCUGGUGGUGUACGGCGCGCAGGUGCAGACGGCCUUCGGGCUGGACACACACCCUGCACGCAUGGCCGUACUGCGGGCCUUGAGCCAGGCACCCUACCUGGGCGGGGUGGGCUCCGCUGGGGCUGCCCUGCUCCACAUCCACGACCAGGUGAUGACGGUGCAGAGGGGCGCCCGGCCCGGGGUCCCCAAGGCCGUGGUGCUGCUCACCGGUGGCAGGGGUGUCGAGGAUGCGGUGGUCCCUGCCCAGAAGCUGAGGGACAACGGCGUCUCCAUCUUGGUGGUGGGCGUGGGGCCUGUGCUGAGGACAGCGCUGCGGAGGUUGGCUGGGCCCCGGGACUCCCUGAUGCAUGUGGGCGCCUAUUCCGACUUGGGCUUCCACCAGGAGGCGCUCAUUCAGUGGCUGUGUGGAGAAGCCAUGCGGCCCGUGAACCUGUGCAAACCCAGCCCGUGCAUGAACGAGGGCACCUGCGUCCUGCAGUUCGGGAGCUACCACUGCAAGUGCCGGCAGGACUGGGAGGGCCCCCACUGUGAGAGCCGGACCUUGAGAGGAGAUGCCCCCAAGGCGCGUGGCUCCCGCCGGGAGCCUACAGAAAUUCAGAGCCACCUCCAGGAGGAAGCUGGACAUGCUGGACACUGAGAGGGCACAGUGUUCUCUCCUGUCUCCUGGGCAUCCCAGCCCCUUCCAGAGGCCACCUACUCCCUCCCAUUUUGCUCACCCCAAGAGAAGACAUGGUGCUAAGGACGUGGCAGCUGCUGACCUCGACAGGGUAACCAAGACUCUCGUGAGUAAGCCUUUUACUUGCUGUGUGUAGCCGUGCCCCAUUGGAGCUGAGGUCACCUGCCACUUUGCUCCAGAGGAAACACGAAGGAGCCAGCUGGGACUGUGGAUGACCUAUUUGAAGCUGACUCUGCCCACCAUGAACACUAACCAGAAUGUUCUUGGGACAGAGCCAUGUGACAGAAAGCCAUUGGGCCCGAGAAGCAAUGGCAUUUCCAGAUGGGAGAAGUGGGGGGUUCUUCUCAGCUCUCCCCAGAGAUGUCCUGGCCAUACUGGAAUUUAGUUCACCAACGGGCUCAAAUGACACUUGUGACUGCUGGUGACUGGAUCUCUGUGUCUCUCUGGCAGAGACUUGGGAAUGUGUCAGACUGGAAUGUUACCAGCUAGUCUUCAUUGACAGUAGUGGCAAGGGCUGGGUGUGCAGACAGCCUUGGUCUCUAGAUGCAUCAAGCUGGCCACAUUCUGGGCUGCACUCCCUUGGAGGGUCUUGCUAGUUGAGUUGGUGCAGCAAGGUUAAUUGUGGGUGCUGCUUGACUGCUGUUUUCAAAUUUCCCUUCUAGUGGGGCAAAGAAAGUGGAAUUAUCCAUUUCGGCAAAUAUAGAAAUGUAAAGUUUUUUUUUAAAAAAAGGAGGGAUCAUAUGCUGUUUCGUUAUGCUUUUUCAGUUAAUCUUGUUUUGUCUUGAGUUUUUCCAUAUCGUUCUGAAAGGAAGAGGUACUUCAAGAAAUGAUGUUGGUUAUUUAACAGUUGUUUUACCUAUCUGGGGAAGAGGCCUGUUUGGAGUGCUUUCU